GCGCCUCGCGGGACGAGCUGGGUCAUGUGACGUUGUUCCUCGCUCGCGUACUCAAGAUGGCCGACUCGCUGACGAAGUACGGCGUUUACAUCGAUGACCUGAGCAAGAUACGCGUCCUAGAGCCGGAGGCGGCGAAUCAAACGAAUAAACUGAAGGAGGAGUGUCAGAGUUUCGUGUCCAAGAUUACCGAAUUUGAAAAGAAUUCUGAUGAAUUCAUUAAGAUAUUGGACAAUUUGGCGAAAGAAGUGGAGAAAGAGAAAAUGAAAACAAUCGGCGCGCGGAAUCUGCUACGUUCUGUUGCGAAGCAAAGGGAAGCCCAGAAACAGCAGAUGCAGGCAUUGAUCUUGGAAAAGUCCGUGGAAUUGGAACGACUACGAGUUCAAUGCGAUUCUUUAAAGAAGGUCGAAAUGGAACAGCUAGAAAUUAUCGAGCAUUUGUCAGUGAAUUAAUGUAUUGUUUUAUAGUUUCCAUUUCUUCAUUGCCGACUCAUCGAAUGUUUUUCAUCGCCCUUUCUACAAUAAACGGUAUAAUAAUUUUUCAAAAUA